AUGUCUUCCUUCUUCAUCCCGAACCCCAAUGUCGGUGACAAGGGCAACAGCGAGGAUUGGAGAAUUCGAGGCUACAACCCGCUCACGUCACCCGACCUGUUGCAACACGAGAUCUCCCAAACCAAGGAGUCGAAGAAGACAGUAUUGGAGGGAAGAGAAGAGGCGGUAGCUGCAGUGAACGGCACCGACCCCAACAACAGGCUUCUCGUCAUCAUCGGACCUUGCUCAAUCCACGAUCCUAAGGCUGCCUUGGAAUACUGCGAUAUGCUGUUGAAAGAGAAGGAGAAGCACAGGAAUGAGCUUAUCAUUGUUAUGCGCUCCUACCUCGAGAAGCCGCGUACGACGGUGGGCUGGAAGGGAUUGAUCAACGAUCCCGAGAUCGACAACAGCUUCCAGAUCAACAAGGGCCUGAAGAUGUCGCGUCAACUUUUCGUUGACUUGACGAGCAAGGGUAUGCCAAUCGCUAGCGAGAUGCUCGAUACUAUCUCACCCCAGUUCCUCGCGGAUGUCUUGUCAGUGGGCGCUGUUGGCGCUCGGACGACUGAAAGUCAGCUGCACCGCGAGCUCGCAAGUGGUCUGAGUUUCCCUGUCGGUUUCAAGAACGGAACUGAUGGCUCCCUCGGGGUGGCCAUCGAUGCCAUUGGCGCAGUCAGGCAUCCCCACCACUUCCUGUCUGUUACCAAACCCGGUGUAGUGGCCAUUGUGGGCACGGUUGGCAACGAGGACUGCUUCGUCAUCCUCAGGGGUGGUACCAAGGGCACCAACUACGAUGCCCAGAGCAUCGCCGAGGCCAAGGCUUCACUCGAGAAGGCCGGCCUGCCGCAGCGCUUGAUGGUUGACUGCAGCCACGGAAACUCACUCAAGAACCACAAGAACCAGCCCAAGGUUGCUGCCACCCUUGCCGAGCAGAUCGAGAAGGGCGAGGAUGGCAUUAUGGGAGUCAUGAUUGAGAGCAACAUCAAUGAAGGCAACCAGAAGGUACCCAAGGAGGGCAAGGCUGGCCUUAAGUACGGUGUCAGUAUUACCGAUGCCUGCAUCGGCUGGGACGAUACAGUGGCCGUCCUCGAUCAGCUUGCUGCAGCUGUCAAGAAGCGGAGAGAAGUCUUGAAAGCCAACGGCCAUUCAUAG